AUGGAAAAUCUCAAGUCGGAAAACCAAAAACUGCAAGAAUCCCUCAAGAAGGCAAAUGCUUCCAGAAUUCAGAAGGUCGAGGCGCCAGUGAGGGAAAUUUUGGGAUUCAAGACGAUUCUGGAGAAUUUUUUGGCUGCUCAGACACCCGAGCAACUCGAUAACUCCGAAACGCAGAAAAAUCAAGAAAUAUUGGAUCAGCAGGAAGAGCUUAAGAAGAAAAUCGAAAACCUGGAGGCGGAGCUGAAAAAGAAAAAAGCGGACGGUUUGAUCCGCCAAUUCGACCUGGAAUGUGUCAAAAAGAAGCACCUGGAGGUGGUGGAGCAGCUAGCGACAAAAGUUGUGCAACUGGAAUUAGCGCUGGAGAAAUCGCCGGUGGUAAAUGCAAACCAAACACGGAAAGAGCUAAGCAGAGAAGAAAAACGAGCUCUGAAGAUCCAUCUGGAGGUGUUGGAAAGGAAACAUCAGGAAUUUUUGGAUUCGGUUGGCGAGGAGCUUGACAAGGAAGCAGCAGACACUAAUAAGAACCUUCUGGAAAUUAUCAAAAAGGCAAAACAGCAGAUAUACGAAUUGAAGGAAAAUUCAGAUAUUGCUAGGAUGGAGAGUACGAAAAGCCUCCAAAAGAAAGACGUGGAAAUUCAAAAGCUCAAAAAAGAAAUCAAUAAGCUCGAAGCGGAGAAUAGCUCAGAAAUAUUCAGACAUGAGAAUCUCAUCGAUGAGCUCCACAAGUCUCAUAACAAGGAGCUGGGUGCCUGUCAGGAGAGGCGUUUGGAGGAAUUCACAGAGCUCACCAACCAGCUAAAAGCAUUGUACGAGGAGAACACCCAACUGAAAACUGAAGUCCACGACCAGAAAAUCACCCUGAGAACGUUGGAACGAGAAAAUGUGGAGAUCGAAGAGCUGUUUUGUAAGAUGCAGGAUGAGAGAUGGCGGAAGGAAAAUGACUACGAAGCACAACUGAUUGAGAAGAAUGAGGAGAUCGCCGAGUUGGAGAUGUUGGCGGAGACUGGGGAGUGCUCGUGGAGCACCUUGGGGCUUUUUGAUGAGGGCGUACAGCAGGUUGAUUAG